AUGGCGUCUCCACGGUGGUCUACCUCCAUGCUGUUGGCUUCACUGAUCCUCCUUCUUUACUGGACGACCUCCUCUGCUCGGUCACAUGACUCCACCUCCACCAACCUGUCUCCACCACACAGGGUAAAAAGAGCCCUGCCUUUCCGUACCAGAGAGGAGGUCGCAGCAUCUAUGCAGACUGCAAAAGAUGUUCUGAAUUUCAUCAGCGACAGGAUUGGAAAGAAAAAUGUUGAAACAUUGUCAAGUGUCUUGAAGGGGAUCUCCAAUAUCGCCAGCUUGGCACCCGUCAUCGGAGGUCUGGUCUCGCCCAUUGUCAAUGUGGUCUUGGCCUUCAUCCCUCAAGAAAACCCUCUGAAGGAGCUGAGGGAAGGGUUUGCUGAGGUGAACAGGAAACUGGACUCUCUCUCCCUCCAGAUCUCCAACCUGGCAACAGAUGUAGAAUGGUUCAACUACGCCAGCGUCUAUUCUCAAGAUGAGGUCCGCAUCCUCAACGCCUGGAAGAAGUUUGAAGAGUUUCGUGAGAACAGUGGGUUGGUAAACACUGCUGAAGACAAACUCCGACUGGCAGAGAUAUUCACCAACUACUAUGAGAACACAGCAGUUGAGGCCAGUGUGGCCAACCUCUAUCAUUACCUGACAGUCAGCAGCACGUCUCUCAGUGGAAACCUCAACGACCUGCUGAGGAAGAAGUUUAAAUGUAGCAUUAGAGAGAUCGGCAAAUAUAACAUAUAUUUCAGCAGCUUGCUGUGGAGGGGGAUGUUCCUCAACCAGCUCUACUGGGAUCUGGUUGGUUUUAACCCGUCAGGCAAAGAAGCUGAACAAACCAAGAUGUUCAAGAAUGUCUCUGAAGCUCAGAUAUCAGCUGUGAAGUUCUGCCUGGACAACUACAAGAAGUACAUGGAGAAGGAUGUGGAGGAGAUCGGAAAAGCAAUGAAUCCUGACGACAAAACCUCCAUCGCUGAUCAGGUGAAAAAGGCUCUGGACAACAAGUACAACUGGUAUAACUGGGUGGUGCUGGUGUACAACACAGACCAGGAGCAAAAGUACAUCUAUAGAUAUAAUAUGACAAAUGUCCCUGUGGGUAAGAUCACUGUGGCUGUGGACUAUACUCAGAAAACAAACGAAGAAAGAAAAGAAGAAGUUAAGAAUCUGUUGAAUUCUUGUUACCAGGAGAUACGGUAUGAGAGAGUGUCUGUUUAUGGUGGUAACUAUGAUGUAAAGAGGAAGCUGUGUGAGGAUAUUGAACAUAAAAAACUGUGCAGUUAUGAGGUGGCUGGUGUUCCUGUCACAGAGUAUAUCAAAGUAAUGUACAGCAGCUCUUCUACUGAUUCUGUUGUAGACCCAAAAGCCCUGCAGAGUUUCAGCUGUAAGUGGGGCUAUUCGGUCUACAACAUCCACAUCUAUUACUCCAAAUCCUUACCCGUCUGUGACCCUGAUCCCUGUCAGAAUGGAGGAAAGUGUGAGAGGCUGCUGGACUCCAAUGAAUGGCUGUGUAACUGCCCAGAUCGUUACUAUGGAGACACAUGUGAAAAGGUUUCUGAAAUCCGCAGGAGCCCAGUGGCCAAAUUAGAUUAUUCUGUGCCUGAUAUCAGCACCCUGAAAAUCAUGCUGGACAAGAUUCUCAAGAGACUUAGUUUGACAUCUUCCAAUCAGUAG